AUUUCGGCCGUUAAUCUCAUUCGUAUUUUCCUGUUCGUACGGAACGGUCGUUAACCACACAGACGAAGAACACGUUGACGAGGGAUACGGGAUUUAAGCAUGUUGAAAAAAGGCUCUGCACUCUCUUAGGACCGUGCUUUUUUUUUAUCUCCUCUGUCCGACGAAACCGCAAAGAUGUUUUUCCUCGACUACCUCGGACAUGCGACUGUCGACAAACGGCUCUCCAACCCGAUGGUGCCGUGGAUCGUCGCCCAGAUACGACGCGGCGACAACAAGAAAAAGGUUGUUGCAAGGGUUGAACAUGGAGUCAUUGAGGUGAGGCUGGAGGAGAACGACGCUGCCUUGUGCACGCACACUUUGAGGCUAGUUUCCAGGUUGACAGUUCAGCCCAGCUACCUCUUCUAUACUGUCAAAGACAAAGACCAACCUCUACUCUACUGCCAUCUAUUCCAGUCAGACGAUCAGCACAUGAUUCUUGACAUGAUGGCCACCAUAAAGGAGCAAUCAAGCAAAUUGACGAACAGGACAACAACUUCGCUCUGUCCUGACAUUUCACCUUCUUCUUCUCAUUUUUUCGAAGUAUUUUAUAUCGGAAGGAUUAAAGUUUCACAUAAGAAAGUCCCAGAUACAUUCAUUGAUGAUGCAUUGGACAAAUUUGAUAGUUUGGAAAGACUGAAAAAGGAGAAAAAUGAAACUCAUUCAUUAAAUAAUAAUGAUGACCACACUGUGCUUAAUGGUGUUGACUUGAAAAAAGGGGAUGCUUACUGUUCAUCUGAUGGCCAAGCUGAAUCCACAUGUGACCCGCAACCUAUUGAGGGAACGAGAAAAAGAUCUGGUUCAGUCGGCAGCACACUGACAAAAAAGCAUGAACUAUUUAAUAAAGAUAAUGGCAUAAUUCAACCAGAACAAAAUAGGACGAUGGUCUUUCAUGUAGGAAGGACUGAUUUGCGACUCAUAAGCCCUGACAGAAAGCAAGUCUUGCUCCACAAAUAUUUAAAAGAGAUUACUUGUUCCGUUCAGGGUAUGAAACAUCCUUCAUAUUUGGCUUUUAUUUGUAAAGAAGUGACAACAGAGCCGGUAACUUAUAUAGCCUAUGUAUUCAAGUGUCAAUCCCCAGGUGUUGCUGAAGAUCUGGUUACAGCGAUAAGCCAAGCAUCGGUGAAUGACAAAAAAUCAAAUAUUGCUUCGUGCGAGCACUGCCCUAUGGUCUGGUAUCACAAACUUUGCUCAGAACUUGAAGGUUUGAACGAAAAGGCUAUGGAAGAUGUGCUGAAUCGAAGGCUCAACUUGCUUCCGGAAGCGGAACAUGCUGUAGUCCAGAUGAAGCUAAGCGGUGUCGAGCCUCCCCAAGGGGGUGGCGCCAAAGAGCAUAUCGAACUCAUCAUGAUGCUCCUCAGAGCCCACUGCGAAAGUAAACAGUCUCGCCACAUACAUGACAAUAUUGAAAAUAGACAUGAAUUCUUAACUCAUUUUUCCGGAGGUGCAAUAUUCCUGAAGGCAAAACGAUCUCUCACUAGCUCUUUUGAUCAACUGCUAAAAAGGAGAGGUAGCAAAGAUGAACUCGGACCAGUCCUAAGCAUGUCUACCAGUAAUAUAUCCAAGGACUUAAUUCAAGAGUCAUCACAUUCCCUAACUGAUUCGCCAGAAGAUCCUAUAACUGAAGAACCAGGAACUCCUGGAUCAAUGAUGAACUUAUUUAUGAAAUUGGGCAACAGCCCAAAGACACCUUCGCAAGAUUGGAAAUCGAAUGAUUCAGAGAAACCGCCACCGCGGUCUUGGAGGCAGGCAAUAUUCAACACUGUCAUAACUCCUAGUAAAGCCCUACAAGAAAAAGAGAAGCAAAACAGAAAAAAAGACAAACAGUUUUAUAGGGAGUUGUGGAAGAAGGCUAUCAACCAGACAAGACUUCUGAUACGAAUGGAAAAAGAGAAUGCAAAACUAACCGCUCGCCAGGAAGAGGCCAACGUGAAAAGAAUAAAACUUGAGUAUGAGGAGAUCGGAUCGGUGGACAACUCCGAUCUCUGGGAUUCGAUUAUCACAGAAGAGAAGAUACGUGAUGACAUGAUUGACAUAUUGGCCUUUAAAGGUGUCCCAAAGAUGAAACGAGGUGACAUCUGGCUACACUUAGUCAAGCAUCAAUCUACAAAAACUCCUUUCAAUCUGGAAAACUUUCCUUACUUCAAUGUCCCAUAUGAGCAUCUUUUAAAAGAAUUGACCUCCCACCAACAUGCAAUAUUAAUUGACUUGGGAAGGACUUUUCCAUCCCACAGUUACUUUAGUUCACCGCUUGGACCAGGGCAAUUGGCACUGUUCAAUAUUCUUAAGGCUUAUUCUUUGCUUGAUCCCGAGGUCGGGUACUGCCAAGGGCUCAGUUUUAUAGCUGCAGUGCUGCUUUUACAUAUGAGCGAAGCUGAAGCGUUCUAUCUUUUGAAACACCUCAUGUUCCAACGGGGGUUUCGGGCAAGGUACCUCCCGGACAUGACGGCACUUCAAGUGUCGCUAUAUCAACUUUCGAGGCUCAUGCAUGACCACCACCCGCAACUUUACACACACUUUGACGCUCUCGAUAUCCACCCUGCUCUUUACGCAGCUCCAUGGCUCCUCACGCUCUUUGCCUCUCAGUUCCCAUUAGGCUAUGUUGCUCGCGUUUUUGACCUGUUGUUCGCAAAUUCACCUGAUAUAUUAUUCAAAAUAGCGCUUGCCCUCAUUGGCCACCAUGAGCAAAACCUCUUGAAUUGCGACAGUUUCGAGCUUGUCAUGGACUACCUUAAAAAUACUCUGCCAAAAGUAAACACUCAGACUUUAGACAGACUCCUCAAGGAAGCACUAAAUACGGACAUAUCCAAAGAAAUCAAUGAAUACGGUGUUGAAUACCACGUCCUACAAGAGGAAAUGGCAUCUCCGAGGCCAGAAACCAAAAAGAUCAAGGAACUCGAAGCCUCCAAUCAGGCAUUAAAUCAACAACUCUCAGCAAUGAGUCAGCAGUUGCAGAUCGAGAUAAGCAAUAAAAACAGACUUGAGUCAUCACGUUCUAAUUACAUGCAACAGCUGAAUAGACUGGAAGCUGACAAGAAGAGUUUAGAGAACUCGGUAAACACACUUGGUUUGUUUAUCAGCGAGAUCGUCGAUGCCAACAGGGACAUCCAGGUCCCAAAAGAAGUUCUCAAAAUCCUUCAAGAAAUCAACAUCACUUCACAGAGGAGGAAGAGCCUGGUAUCGCAGAUGAGUGCCCCUGAGUUUUUGAUAAAAGACCCUGUCAAAGUCAUAAAGGAGGAAGACGAGACAAAGCCGGUCGAAGAGAAGAGCAUCGGGCGAAUUUUAACCGAAGCUGAAAAAAAUGCGAUUGCGAUCAGGAAGAAGCGAGAGCAAGAGGUCCAAUCGAAACUCAAAUCAAGCCAGAGCUCUUUAGAAAUCGGCAUCCACCCUUUGGACUCGAACAAUGUCCCGAUACAUUUUGAAGGUACGGUAAAUCUUAAGAAAAUCCAACUUCAAAAAACAAGAACUGUUGCAAGUAUGAAAAAUGUCGAGCUUAAAAUUGUAGAAAAGCCAUCUGACAGUGUCACGGAUAAACUUACGCUCACGAAAAAUAAAGUGACACGACUGUUUGAAUCAUGCAAUGACGUGUUCAAAAGGGAAGAGAAUUACAAGCCAUUUGGUCAAGAGACGCAACUCUUGAUCAAAUCACAAGCAAUGCAAAAAUCGAAUGGAUUCUUGACAUGAGACGAUUUUUUUAUUUUGGGACUUUUCCACUUCAAUACGAAACCAAUGUGAUAUUUUUGUGUGGCAUUAUUGUGUUUUCUUUUUUUCAUUUUAAUUGUGCUGUUUUAAAUUUAUUUGUUUCAAGCAUUGGAGAGAAUAUUUAUAAGGAUUGUGUUUUAUUAUAAUGUGAUUAUGUUGUCUUUUUUUA